AUGGUAGAUUACUUUUAUAUUUACUCAGUAUACAAUCAACAUAAUUGGCAAAAAUUCAGUCUUGGCAAUGGAAUUGAGAAGGAAAACUACAAAACUUAUAAGCACGAAGAUAUUUCAACAAACAAUCAAGUAUCUUUAAUUCCAAAUGCAGAUAACUUUAGACAAAGACAUCUUCUAAGAUACUAUGUUAUUAGGAAUUCACUAGUUCAACACAAGUCAUUCUGUAUAUUUAAUCCAGAUGAUCAAUAUAAACGUGAAGUAAUAAAGUAUGUGUAUAAUGAAUCUGAUAAUAGCAUAAACAUGGAUGAUAUAGAUCAAAAACUCAUGCCAAUAUCUAUUGAGUCUUCAAGAUUUAUUAUACAUUCUAUAAAACAACUCCAUGGUACUAAUGGAAAUGUAACUUGUUUAGGAAUGUUGAAUAGAGAUGAAGAAAAUCAUUUAUAUUUAGAGGAUACAAAUUGCUUGAUUCGUUUGAAGAUUGAUACUAAUGUAACAUUAUUUGGUCCAGGAAUUUAUUGCUGUGAUCAUAUUGUUGUUACACAUGGUUACUUAGAUAAAAUAAGUAACUUUUUCGUUGUGAAGUAUAUGUUCCAUCCACCAUAUUUUAGUAAAAGUAAAGAUAUAUCUAAGUUAAUACUUGAUAAUUCAACUAAAAGUUCUCUAUUGUAUCGAGAUAUAUUCAAGAGUAAUUUUGAAAAUUCGAAAGUUGGUUGCUUACCACUACUAAGACCACAUAUUCCACAAACUCCAAAUUUUGACACUCAAAAGGAUCAAAUUUCAAAUAAUAAUGAAGAAUUAAAUAUAUCCAAGACUAUAGACUUAUGGAUUAUAAUUUCCGAUGUUGUUUUCACGAAUUCUGUAGUUUUGACAAGCUUAGAUGAAGUUUUCUCAGGAUAUAAUGGAUGCAUAGAGAAUACAAAUGCAAAUGUUGGAUUUAUACUAUUUGGAAAUUUCAUAGAAGAUUGUUUUUUUGAUUCAAAUGUAAUUACAAAUAUAUAUAAUGCUCAAAGUUUAUCUAUUAGAUGUCAAAAAACUCGAGAAGGAUUUGAAAACUUCUACAAAGUAAUAAGUAAAUAUCCCCAAUUAUUGAAAAGGUCAUUUUUUUUUUUUUUACCUGGUCCAAGUGAUAUUGGUCCAGAUUUGUUACCUAAACCUCCAAUAAUUGAUUACUAUACAUCUAAUAUACGUGAAGAAUUAAAUGACUUACAGAUAUUUAUGAGUUCGAAUCCCAUGCGUCUUGAGCAUAAAAACAUCAAUAUGUUUUUUGCAAGGAUCUCUUUAAGCACUGAACUAAAAGAAAAAGCAUUGUUUGCCUAUUGUGGUGAAGAAUCUAUGGGGUUAUCUGAAUAUUGGAUACUAAAUUCUCAAAAUCUAGAGUCACUAUUGCCACCAACAAUUCUGGGACAAUCUCAUAUAUGUCCAACAAGUACAAAUAUUGUUCAAACGUUAGAUCCCACCUUACUUUUAUGUCCAAUCCCAAAUAUUAUUAUUAUUGGAGAUUCAGGGCCAGGUUACUCUAUUAAACUAUUAGAAAAUGUAUGGAUUACCAAUCCAGGUUCAUUUAAAAAUACCAGAUCUUGGAUACAGUAUGACACAAAGGAAAAUACUCUGGAGAGAAUUUCCCUGUGA